AUGCAAAAGUUGGUAGUGAUAACCAAAAGAGUGAGAUGAAUACGAAGUUGUGUGUUCUGUUUGUUUUUGCUUUUGUAACAUGGCCAUGUCAAGGCUCAGACUACCAAGUUUUCCCUCUCCGAAUGAAAACUGGCUACAAUGAACAAUACCCAAUAGAGGUAUCAUGCGAAAGUUGGAGACUUGGCGUGGAGGCGAACAACCUCGUCAAAUGGAAAACUGUACCUGCGCCAUGCCAAGAACACGUAGCAGACUAUCUUCUCGGCGACCAAUAUAGAUCAGACUCCAAAACAGUUUGCCGUGAGGCUUACUUUUAUGCUAAAACUCUCAAUAUCACUCAAAAAGACAUCUUUGUCUUUGAUGUCGAUGACACUGCACUCUCAAAUCUUCAAUAUUUUGCUAACCAUGGUUUUGGGGUGGAAGAACAUAAUGCUACGGCUUUCAAGAUCUGGGUUUCCUACGGUGAGGCAUUUGCACUGCCCGAGACUCUUAAACUCUACAACAAACUGCUGGCUCUUGGGAUCAAAGUUGUGUUCAUCACAGAAAGACCACUGGAUCUGAAGGAUGUGACUGUUUCCAACUUACAGAAUGUUGGAUUCUACAAAUGGGACAAGUUGAUUGCCAGGGAUCCAUCCAUAUAUUCUGGGAAAUUAUCAAAUGCUUUUAAAUCUUCUGAGAGAACGAAGCUGGCUGAAGAGGGAUACAGAAUCGUUGGAAACAUUGGAGAUCAAUGGAGUGAUAUUGUUGGAGAUAAAAGAGGGUUUAGGACCUUUAAGCUGCCAAAUCCCUUGUACUAUGAUUGAACUCCCAUGUCUGUAACUCUGCUCCUAACUAUGAAAUAAAACAAGUUAGGUGAUCAAAUAGGGACACUUUGGUUUCAAUCUAUGGGUGUCUUUAUCUUGAUUAUCUUGUUGGGAUGUGUACUUGAACUAUGAAAAACCUGGGAGAAUCAACAAUGUUGUUUUCUUCACUUUGAAUGAAUUAUGAAAGUGUUCAUGUUC